UUCUUGUAAUAACAACACAGCACCUGAUCAUCACCCAGCUGUGACUGAAGGGGACUUCUGUAAUCCCAGACUAGAAGUGUAGCCUUGUCCUGAUGUCCAACCAUGAGAAAAUAUCCACAGCAGAUUUGAUGGAGAACCUCAGGGAAGAGCUGACCUGUUUCAUCUGCUUGGAUUAUUUCAGCAGUCCAGUGACCACUGAGUGUGGGCACAGCUUUUGUCUGAUGUGCCUCCUCAAGAGUUGGGAAGAGCACAACACACCUUUAUCUUGUCCUGAAUGCUGGAGGACUUUGGGAGCCCCGCAUUUUCAAGCCAACGAGCGGCUGGGGAGACUGGCUAAUAUUGGCAGACAGCUGAGAUCCCAGGUGCUGCAGAGCGAGGAUGAGCAGAGCAUCUGUGGGAGAAUGCCAGGGCCCAGUUGGGUGUUCUCUGACGAUGAGCAGAGUGUCAUUAAUGUCUCACCUCCUGGUCAAGGGACAAACAAGGCGUGUUUCUCAAGUGAGGCUGAGGAGCAGCACAAAGAAAAACUCCAGGAUAUCAUAAAUAUUUUACGGAAAAAGAAGAAGGAAGUUCAGGCCAUCCUGAACCAUGAGAAGGAACGAGUGAUGUUGUGUAAGGAGGAGACCAAGACUUGUAAGCAGGUUGUUGUGUCUGAAUACAUGAAGAUGCACCAGUUCCUGAAGGAAGAGGAACAGCUCCAGCUCCAGCUCCUGGAGAAGGAGGAGAAGGCGAACAUGAAGAAGCUGAGGGAAAACGAGAUCCAGCUGACCCAGCAAAUCCGCCGCCUCAGUAAAAUGAUUGAGCGGAUUGAAUCUACCUGUCAGAACUUAACGUUAGAAUCUUUUGAGGAAGUCAAAGGAGCCAUGGAUCGGUAUGAGUCCCUGUUGUUUCAGUCUCCAGAGACCACCAUCACGGAACUGAGCCUGUGUCACAUCACUGGGAUGAGGGAGAUGCUGCGAAAAUUCAGCACAGAUGUAACUCUAGAUCCAGCCACAGCCAAUGCUUACCUGCUUUUGUCCGAAGAUCUGAAAAGUGUUCGGUACGGAGGGACCAGACAGCAAUUACCUGACAACCCAGAGCGAUUUGAUCAGUCUGCAACUGUGUUGGGAGCCCAGAUCUUCACCUGUGGGAGACACUACUGGGAGGUGGAAGUGGGAAAGAAGACGGAGUGGGAAGUGGGGAUCUGCAAGGACUCUGUGAACAGAAAGGGGAAUCUCCCCAAACCGCCCGGGGACCUCUUCUCACUCAUAGGCUUAAAAAUUGGCGACGAUUACAGUCUCUGGGUUUCAUCUCCCCUGAAAGGGCAACAUGUCCGAGAACCCGUUCAUAAAGUUGGUGUGUUCUUGGACUAUGACUCUGGACACAUAGCCUUCUACAAUGCGACAGAUGAGUCCCUCAUCUAUAGCUUCCCCCCGACCCCUUUCCAUGAAGCUCUCAGACCUAUCUUUUCCCCUUGUCUUCCGAAUGAGGGGACUAAUACAGACCCUCUUAUCAUCUGCCACAUCUGAGGGAUAUGCCCUGAGCCUUGAGCAAAGACAAGGUGGUUACUGCAUUCAAAGACAUCACACAUCAGAUUACCCAGAACAACAACAACAAAAAAAUCCUCCCUCUCCCCAAAGACUUUCCACAAACCCAGUUCUGCAAUGAAGAGCUUAUUAAAAAUCUAUUCAACACCAAAAAUAGAAAGAUGAUACCCUGCCUUUAACCCAGUUGAUUAUCUGAGCUAUGCUGUGUGUGCUGGCGACUUAACAGUGUUGUCACUGUCCGUUUUUACCUGUCAACCUGUCAUAGGCCAGUUUUAUAAAUAUAUGGCAUUUUUUUU